AGAGAGAGAAAGAAACAGACAGAAGAUACAGAAGAAGCAGAGGUAGAAGAAGAGGGGAAGGGGAGAGGGCGAUGAGGACGGUGAUGGGUUGCAGGCAGUAUUGGCUCUCCUCCUCUUUAAAUUCAUCCUCUCCUCCAUCUCUUCUCCUGCCAUCGAGUUCCGCUUUUCCGCUUUUCACUCGUUCAUCUGUCCACGCGACGGUCUCUCCUUCUGGUUUCAAGCAACGGGUUUUACUGCGUGUCCGGGCGUUAUCUACGCGACAGGCUUCUGCGUUUGUGGGGAAGGGCAAGAAGGAAAGCAAGGAAGGUGAUCGGAAGGAGAUGACUAUCACGCCGACGGUUCGUGUUUCGGAGCGGAAACUAUUUGUUGGGGAUCGUGCGAUACUCUCCGACGUGCAGGAGAAUGUGAUAUCGUCUUCGGCUUCCGAUUCCGGCCCGGUCGAUGGCAUCUUCGUUGGCGCCAACUUAAAGGAGAGCAAUAGUCGCCAUGUCGUCCCCCUUGGGACUCUUAGAAACGUACGAUUCAUGGCGAGUUUCAGGUUCAAGCUAUGGUGGAUGGCCCAGAAGAUGGGUGACCGCGGGCAAGACGUCCCAACGGAGACCCAGUUCCUCCUCGUUGAGUCCAGGGAUGACUCUUCAGCCGACGAGUUCCCCGGCCUCGCUGGACACAGUCAGACGUUCUACACCGUCUUCCUGCCCCUUUUGGAGGGCCCUUUCCGUGCCUCCUUGCAGGGCAACCCCCUCGACCAGCUUGAGAUCUGCAUAGAGUCCGGCGAUCCCGCCGUCCGCGAGUCUGCAUUCUCCCACUCUCUCUACGUCGCCGCCGGCUCCGAUCCCUUUUCGACGAUUUCCGACGCGGUCCGCGCCGUUAAAAACCACCUCAAGUCAUUCCGGCUGCGGUCGGAGAAGCGGCUGCCAGGCAUUGUCGACUGGUUUGGCUGGUGCACCUGGGACGCCUUCUACCAGGAGGUCACCGCCGAGGGGGUCGAGGCCGGGCUCGCCAGUCUUGCCGCCGGCGGUGCUCCGGCUAAAUUCGUCAUCAUCGACGACGGAUGGCAGUCUGUUGGGUCCGACCCAGGCGCCGCCAAGGAGAGCGAGCUCUUCCGGCUAACCGGGAUCAAGGAGAACCACAAGUUCCAGAGAAAGUCGGGCGCCGGCGAUGGAUCCAUCGAGGGAAUCAACCACAUUGUUGACAUCGCGAAGGCGAAGCACGGCCUGAAAUACGUCUACGUAUGGCACGCCAUUACCGGAUACUGGGGCGGAGUUCAGCCCGGUGUCGCCGGAAUGGAGCAGUACAACUCUGCAAUGAAGUACCCGUCGCACUCGCCGGGGGUGGUGAGCAACGAUCCGGCAAUGAAGACAGACAUAUUGACGAAGCAGGGGCUCGGGGUAGUUCAUCCCCAGAGCGUCUACCGGUUCUACGACGAGCUCCAUAGCUACCUCGCCUCUGCCGGUGUAGACGGCGUCAAAGUCGACGUCCAGUGCAUCCUGGAGACCCUGGGCGGCCUCGGAGGCCGGGUGGAUCUCACGAGCAAGUAUCACCGUGCUCUGGAUGCCAGCAUCGCCCGAAACUUUCCAGACAAUGGCUGCAUCGCGUGCAUGAGCCACAACACUGACGCCCUUUAUUGCUCCAAACAGACGGCUGUAGUGAGGGCGUCUGACGAUUUCUACCGGGAUCCCGUUUCGCAUACGAUCCAUAUAGCGUCUGUGGCCUACAACAGCAUCUUCUUAGGAGAGUUCAUGCAGCCGGACUGGGACAUGUUCCACUCUCUGCACCCUGCAGCGGAGUACCAUGCAGCGGCUAGAGCCAUCAGCGGUGGCCCCAUCUAUGUCAGUGAUGCUCCGGGGAAGCACAAUUUUGAGCUGUUGAGGAAGCUGGUCUUGCCUGAUGGCUCCAUACUCCGGGCUCGCCUUCCUGGCCGUCCCACUUGUGAUUGCUUGUUUGCCGACCCUGCUCGAGAUGGCAUCAGCUUGCUCAAGAUCUGGAACAUGAACAAGUUCACUGGUGUCUUGGGGGCGUUCAACUGCCAAGGUGCAGCUUGGAGCAGCACAAAGAAAAAGAACGUCUUCCAUGAAAACAGUACCAAGACACUGACCGGAAGCCUGAGAGGGCGUGAUGUGCACUUGAUUCGUGAGGCUGCUAUAGAUGCCGACUGGAAUGGUGAUUGUGUUGUUUACAGUCACAAAGGUGAACUGGUCCGUCUUCCCAACAAUGCAUCCUUGCCCCUAACUCUCGGUGUCCUAGAGCAUGAGAUCUUCACCAUUACACCCGUCAAGGUUCUGGGACCUGGGUUUGGGUUUGCGCCACUUGGCCUUAUCGACAUGAUCAAUGCAGGAGGUGCAAUCGAAUCAUAUGAAGUUCAAAGCACGAGGAAGGAAAUUCCAGAUGCUGUCGACGAGAUGGAUUCACUGCUGUCCAGAGCGACUCUGGAAAACUGCAGUCGAGAGGCAAUUGCCUGCGUGAAAAUGGAGGUGAAGGGCUGUGGGAGAUUUGGUGCUUACUCUUCUUCAAAGCCCCGGAGAUGUUUAGUAAAUAAUACUGAAGUGGAGUUCUCUUAUGACUCAGCAACAGGGUUGGUCACCCUGCAGUUGCGGAUGGCACAUUCUUCUCCCCUGCGGCUGUAACCAUUGAGGUAUAGAAGAAUUCUUUUUACGUGUAGCCCAUUAUGGAAGAGAGAUGUAAUUUCAAGUUAUUCAAAUAAAGUGAUGUUAUCAAGAUGAACUUUAUCA